AGUGUGUACUUUAUGAGGAAUAAACAUGUAAAAGGGGAGGAGAGGGAAGGAGAAGGAAAAUAAUCCUAAAGGACGAUAAACGGUAUUGGCAUUCACGCCUUGAUAAGUCGGUCGAUAUUACGUUGGAUUAGACAGGAUUAUCUGAACAUAUAGCAGUUUAUAUGUGAUAUAGAUAUGUGAUAUGACUUUUGAAAAAUGAUAUAUAUUUUAUGAUAUGAUACUGUAAAACGUGAACAUGUCAGCCAUGAUUGCGGAUCCUCAUCCAUUUGGCGGCACACCACUUGCUAUGUUAGCGGCUCAAUGUAAUAAAAUUUCGGCUAAAACUCAAGCUCCUUUAUCCAACAACGAUAUGACGAAAGGAUUUCAUCCGUGGAAGAAGCCAAUUACAGCAAUGGACGCUCCAAGUCCGUUGUCUUUCACUUCACAAAGGAUGGCCGGUUUUAAUUCGUCGAUGUCAAUGACGUCAUCAGGUUUUAACUAUGCGCGCGCAAAUCCUUUGCAAAGUUGUUCCGGUGCAUACGGAAGUGAACUAUUUUACCCGUCGUCAACCGGAAGUUACACUCAUUCUCAAACGGAAAGCUGCCAAGCAGCGCUGUCUCAAAAGAUGUAUAAUGACACAGGGUUUUCUAACUCAAACUUAGGUAAUAUGUAUUCUAGAGUAGCAAAUGCUCCAAUAUAUGACUCCUGGUCUUCAUACAUGCCUAGUGCAAAUACCCAUGGAUUAAAAUCUGAUUUGACUUCUUCUAUGAAUUCGCCAGCAUCGUGGUGGGAUAUGCAUUCAAACCCAUCCAACUGGCUGUCGGACAUAACUGGGUCAUCAAAUAGCAUCCAUUCUCAGAUUUCCACGAAUUAUCCCAAUUCGGACUCUUUAAAUGCAUUUGGACAUGCUUUAGGUUCGAAUAGUUCCACUUUUCCCCAUUUGCUCCAGGAUUCAUAUAAAUCCAUUAUGCCGCCAAAUAGUGACUUGACUGCUUCUGCUGUAAAUCCAUUCGCACUAUCUCGGACUGCAGCAAUGACGUCAUUGAACCCAUCUCGGUCACAGAGACGUUAUACGGGAAGAGCAACAUGUGAUUGUCCAAACUGUCAGGAGGCCGAACGUCUUGGUCCUGCAGGCGCUCAUUUAAGAAAGAAGAAUCUGCAUAAUUGUCAUAUACCCGGAUGUGGAAAGGUUUACGGGAAAACGUCACAUCUGAAAGCUCACUUGCGGUGGCAUACUGGGGAGCGGCCAUUUGUUUGCAAUUGGUUAUUUUGUGGGAAACGCUUCACGCGAUCAGACGAACUACAACGUCAUCUAAGAACGCAUACUGGUGAAAAAAGAUUUGCAUGUCCUACUUGCAAUAAGCGAUUCAUGCGCAGUGACCAUCUUAGUAAGCACGUGAAAACACAUAAUAAUGACAACAAAAAGUCGGCUAGUGGGAGUGACUCUGAAAAUAGUCAAGAUACGAAUGCAAAUUCUCCAGUUAAAAAUGGCUGCCAACAAAGUUCUCCCUUGAAAACUAAAAGUUAAUUAGAGGAACUACUUUUUUAUAUUUAUUAUCUUUGAUAAAUUAUAUCUUAAAGUGCCUAGAAGAACCAAGUUCUUAUUGUCAUACGUGUUUUAUAAUCAACAAUAAUAUAACUGAACGUUUUUCUCGUGAAUUCGCGUGAUUUCAUAGUCAGUAGACGCUUGAAGACAGGGAAGUGUCCAGUUAACUGAAAAAUAUAUAGCAAUAAAUGUUGAGAAAUUUCAAGACCUGUUAUGUGUGUUCUAAAAGAGAGAAAUAAAAAAUGUGUUCUCAUUUGAUUUGUAAAACUAUGAAAGGGUACACGCCAUUACAAAAUGAUACAGUGUUAAUAAAAAUAAUAUAUACUCGUCAUUAUUCAGGAAAAGUAGAUAAUGUGACAUUGUUGGUGCUUUUUUAAUGAAAUUAUCCGUCCAGAGUUUAAACUCAAGAUGCCACAUGUAACCUCAUGAUUUACAUUCAAAUUAAUAAGAGUAUAGUAAAUAAAAGAAUCUUUAGAAAAGAAAGGACUGAAAAUGUCAUAAGUGUGUGUUAUUAUGCUAAAACUUAAAAUUGUCAUGAGUUUUCGCGACUCAAAAUAUGUAAUACUGCAAGUUAGAAAUAUCUCUCAAUUUUAUGUAAUUUUUGUUCUGGAUUAUAAAAAACUAUGUUUCUGAAUAUCAUAGUUUAGAUAAUUUAAUGUGAAUAAAAAUCACAAAAGUUUUCUUCAUUUUUUCUUUAUAUUGCAAUACUGUACUGUCACACUGUGAAUUUAAAUUGUUAAAAUAAAUGUUUUUAAAAAGGCAGUUUGUCGUUUUAAGAUUUAAUUGUUCGAAAUAUUAUAUAUGUAUAUAGAAUAAGAAUGAAGAAGAAUGCUGACACAUUAAGCUUUUUUGAUGAUAAUGAGUAAAUGUAUUUUUGUUAAUGAAAUGAAUUAUUGUAAAAAGAAUGGAUAUUUUACUUAGUUUUGCAGUGCAUAAUUUCUUGUAAGCAGCACCUCAUCAUAUAAAACAUACAUAUAUUAAGAUUAUAAGAUUAUCACAUUUAGGUUAUAUUUAAGUGCUCUUUAUAAAACUAAAAAAUAAAUAAAUAAAUAAAAUAUGUUCCUACUUGCACAAUGCAAUUUUUCCUUACGUCCAGAUUUUUGCUCGACUUUUCUCACUAUCCAUUGGCGAUAUUCAUCUUAAACCUCAGAUUUGUGUUCAUUGUUGUAAUGGUGGGACACCAACAAAGGCCCGUAACUCUUACAUGGACAUUAACUUAAUCCUACCUCUUUGUGAAAAUUCUUGUACAACUUUGUUUUUCUCCACAAUCU